AUGGAAAAUAUAAAUAAAUGGAGAGAUUUUAUUUACAAAUGCAUGAAACCAGUCAAACCAGCGUACAGAUACAGCAGUGCAGAGAGGCCUAGACAACAUAAUAUUGCAUACUUUUUUCAUAUAAGUAACAAUGAGCAAGUUUGCUUAUGCAAAUACUUUUUUGUGGUUACGCUAGAUAUCAAUAAUCGAAUUAAAACGACAGUCCUUGACAAACCUGAAAAAGUGUUCCUGGAAGUAGACUUAAGAGAUAAACACAAGAACCAUAAAAAAGUGGAUCAAUCGAUAAAAAACGGAGUUCGUGAGCACAUUCGAUCUAUUCCUCGUAUUGAGAGCCAAAAUCUUCUUAAGAAAACCAAUAGGGAAGACAUCAAAGGUGAAAAAAAUGUGACUGAUAUAUUAACUGAUAUAUGA